GACGAGAGGCAAAGAGACGCACGCUCGACCACAUACUAAUAUAUUUACUUCAUCUGCAGAUUCAUUCGGAAUGUCGGCCCCCUAUCCAGUAGACCCUAACAAAUCUGGUGCUGCCAAUACUGGCUGGGCAGUACCUGGUGCCCCUGCUGGCUACCCUGCUCAACCUGGGUAUCCCGCUCAACCCGGAGGAUACCCAGCUCAGCCCGCUGGUUAUCCUGCACAGCCUGGGUAUCCUGCACAGCCUGGGUAUCCUGCACAGCCUGGAUAUCCUGCACAGCCAGGCUACCCUCCUCAACCUGCUGCAGCCUUCCCUCCACAACCUCCUCCUUACUCUGCCCAGCCCAGCCCUUACACCCAGCCGGCUUAUAAUGUCAGUGGAGGAGGCAUGCCUAUCCAAGACGGAGCAGGGAUGCCCAAGGACGACGUGCUGCCCGAACAGUUCGGGGGCUCGUUCUCGGACAAGGCCAUCCGCCAUGCUUUCAUUCGCAAAGUCUAUCUCAUCCUGAUGGUGCAGUUACUGGUCACACUUGGCAUUGUCUCACUUUUCACAUUCCACUCUGGUGUGAAAAGGUUUGUGCGUACUAACGUAACGGUGUACUUCCUCUCUUACGGUGUGUUCCUUGUGACCUACAUAAUACUGGUGUGCUGUUCCGGGGUGCGUCGGCGAUGGCCUGGAAACUUCAUCAUGCUUGGCAUUUUCACUUUGUCCUUGAGUUAUAUGACAGGCACCAUCGCUUCCAUGUACGACACCGACAUUGUCAUUAUGACUGUGGGCAUCACUUGUGCGAUCUGCUUCUUGAUUACACUCUUUGCUACACAGACCAAGUAUGAUUUCACAGGGUGCGGUAUCUAUCUGUUCGUGGCAUCCAUGGUGCUGUUCAUUUUUGGAAUUAUUGCCAUCUUCACCUUCAGUAAGAUUAUGCAUACCAUCUAUUCAGCUGGUAUUGCACUGCUGUUUUCCAUGUACCUGGUGUAUGACACACAGAUGAUCGUGGGUGGGCGAAAGCACGAGAUGUCCCCUGAGGAACACAUUUUCGGAGCUCUUGUUCUCUACAUUGAUGUUAUAAAUAUUUUCCUAGGCUUGCUUGCGCUCUUUGGUGGAAGAGAUUAAAGAGGAACUUGGUAACAAGAGAAGUGUGAAGGAGUCUGUUGGUAGCAUCACAUUUCUAUUAUUCUGACUAGAGGGUCCUGGAAGAGCUUGAUGGAAAUCAAGAUAUUAUGAUGUCUGUAAAACUGAUAUAGCCUUGAGUGGUAUAUCCAUCUUUGUAAUAGUUUAUUAGUAGUAGUAUUAUCAGUACUAAUAUAUUUUUUUAUUGUUUUAUUUAUUUAUUUUUUUUUUUUCUGAUUUUCUUGAGUUGCUGUUAAUGAUACUAAUGUUGUUAUUGCUGAGCUUUUUACCAAACUACUAUAAUAUUCUUAAUGCUAUUGUGAUUAUUUCUGUUAUUUAUUAUUAUAGAUGAUUUUAUAUAGAUUAAGGGCCUAUAAUCCUGUAAUGCUCAUUCAUUCCAUCUUUAAUCUCCAUAGUAUUCUGACCCAGAAAUAUACAGGAAGAUAAUGAUUACACACACACACACACACACACACACACACACACACACACACACACACACACACACACACACACACACACACACACACACACACACACACACACACACACACACACACACACACACACACACACACACACACACACACACACACACACACACACACACACACACACACACACACACACACACACAAAAUUUACUCACACACUCACUCUUACUUCUCGCUCAGUCAAAGGAGGCCAGAAUAUUAUGAGAAAGAAAAGAAAUGAGUCAUAAAAAAUAGUAAUAGUAGUAAGACACAGUAUUAUCAGGAAUUAUUAUCUAUAGGAUUGUGUUUACUUAGUGUUGUCGCCAAAUUCCUCAAAUGAAGUUGUUUUAUGAGCUGCUGUAAUUUUGUACUUUCCUAAAAUAGUAAACAGUAAGGUAGUGGA